CUUCGACUCAAGCCGGGGCCAGGCGAAUGCCACCACCAGCUCCCGUUGCAGUAUCGAUUAGAACAGCGAAGGGUGCCGGAUGCACAACUGACCCCCACCAAACAGUGGGUAUUUGUUCUCCAUCCAUUUGUAAGUCUGCUCGUUGGUCUGUCUGCCGGUCUAUCUGGUAGUCUGUCUACUGGUCUGUCGGGCCAGCAGCUUCGGCGGCGAGUCGGUCUCAAGACGACCCGAAGCGAAAGAUGA